AGAAGAAGAAGAAGAAGCAUUAGCAUGUUGGAACAUCAUUUCCUGUCUUGCGCAAACCAGAGGAAAGAAAGUAAACAUGGCGGCGGCGGAGAAAUCGACGAAGGAGAGACUACUGUCUGUGCUGGAUGAUUUGGAGGUUUUAUCCAGGGAGCUGAUAGAGAUGCUGGCCCUGUCCAGGAGUCAGAAAAUGCCUCAACCUGGAGAGGACACGCAGAUCCUGGAGCUGUUGGUGCAGAGGGACAAGGAGUUUCAGGAGCUGAUGGAGGUGGCACAGCAGCAGGGGAAGGUUCACCAGGAGAUGCAACUGCUGGAGAAGGAGGUGGAGAAGAGAGACAGUGACAUCCAGCAGCUCCAGAAACAACUGAAGGAAGCAGAACACAUCCUGGCCACUGCUGUUUACCAGGCAAAAGAGAAACUGAAAUCCAUUGAAAGAGCCAGGAAAGGAAGCAUCUCAUCAGAAGAAAUCAUCAAGUAUGCUCACAGAAUCAGUGCCAGUAACGCUGUGUGUGCUCCUCUCAACUGGGUGCCAGGUGAUCCACGCAGACCGUACCCUACCGACCUGGAAAUGCGUAGUGGGAUGCUUGGUCACAUGGCCAACCUGUCCACCAAUGGUGUGAAUGGGCAUCUGCCAGGAGAUGCAUUAGCUGCUGGGAGGUUACCAGACGUCCUGACGCCUCAUUACCCGUGGCAGUCGUCUGAUGUCUCAGUGGGGAUGCUGCCCCCUCACCACGGCAAUGACUUUGGCCUGGAGCCUCCGGGUCACAACAAGGAGAACGAAGAUGAUGUAGAGGCCAUGUCCACAGAUUCUUCCAGCAGCAGUAGUGACUCCGACUAAAAGCGUGUCUCAGAGUCAAGAGACGCUGAGACGUGUGUGUGUGUGUGUCUGUAUGUUGGACUCAGAGCUCACCAGCGAGCAACAGCUGAGCAGGCAUUUUCAGCUUCAGUCAUUUAUUGUGCCUGUGAGAAAUUGAUUUUUUAAAUUUACCCUUUUUGAAUAUUAGUGAGUUUAUGGUGUUAGUAGGUGGAUUAUGUUCCCUUUGGACAGAACCAGGCUAAUUGGUGUUACUAUACAGUUCAGUGAAACUACUGUAUAAACUAGAACUAGCAAAAAUGAACUUGUCAUUCUGGACAGACCAAAGAAUAUCCUUCAGAAAACAAAGACCAGAGCCACAAUAAUUUGCCUUCUUUUGCUCUUUGGUGACACCGUGUGUAUGUGUGUGUGUGAGAGAGACUUGAUAUCUAAUUUUAGUUGGUCACGGUCAGAAUGUUUGCAGCGUAGUAUAUAAGUUGUGUAAAUAUGUCUGUAAAUACUCAGUCUUGUAAAUAAAUACUUUUUGAAUACUA